CGCCACAUGCACUGAUAGCUGCUUGUCACGUUGCCAGAAGUUUUGACCAACCAAGGCUGGACAGUAAUUCCCGGAAAAUCAGUGUGAUAUCGGAAGCUGUAUCUACUUGGAGACAUGCCAGUUGACUAUUUAUGUUGAGCACUACUGAUGUUGGACUAUAAAGUGCGCUCUGGUAGAGUUGUAACGUUACUAUCUUUGCUAUGUUAACAGUUAGUCAUGGACGAUACGAUAGAUCUCCUUUCAUGGAAUCAAGAAAUGCAAGUCCCACUCGGAAUGCUUGCGACAAAAGCCUGACUGGUAACUCCGUGCAUAAAAGCUAUGAAAGCAGUAGUCGACAUCCUCACAAAGACAAACAUUCUCAUAAUAAAAGACAUUCCAGAUCAAGAUCUCCCACUUUGUCAGUCAGUCAUGAAAAUGAAGGUCGUCAUCGUAAAAACAAUGAAUUCAAUCAUCAGACACCAGAAUUUUGGGAACGACGCCGUAAAAUGCGUGAACGUGCUGGUGCUUCUGUGAAUCCAAAAAUAUGGGAAUCGAAUCCACCUAAAGUAGAUUCUGACUGUGAUUCAGAUGAUGAUGGUCAGUUUAAGCUUUCGGGACAAAUUUUUGGACCAAAUCUUCCUACAGAUAUGCAAAUGUCUGACAGUCAUAUUCCUUCUCAUAUACAUAAAAGUGGUGAAUACAAAGGUCAUCAUCGUUCACACCAUAAGCAUUCAAAAAAGCAUAAGAAGAAUUCGAAAAAGAGUCAAAAACUUAAAAGACAAAAACACAAGAAUAAACAUGUUAAACGCAAGUCCUCCCCAUCUUCAUCUUCUUCCGCAUCAUCUUCUGAGUCCUCAGAAGAAGAUAGUGAAGAUGAGAAGAAACAGUUUAUCAAACAAAUGAAAGCUAAAAAACGUGAACUGGAACUUCGACGUGCGCAAGAAGAAGAAGAGGAAGAAGCAGUUGGACCAGUUCUACCGACUAAUGAACAUUCUAAUUUAAUCCCUCUAGAUUACGGUCGUGCAUUACUUCCAGGUGAAGGUGCAGCAAUGGCAGCUUACAUCGCUGAAGGAAAGCGUAUACCACGUCGUGGUGAAAUUGGAUUAACGUCAGAAGAAAUAGAAUCGUUUGAAGAGCAAGGUUAUGUUAUGUCGGGUAGUCGUCAUCGUCGUAUGGAAGCUGUACGUCUGCGUAAAGAGAACCAGAUAUAUUCAGCUGAUGAGAAACGUGCUUUAGAACACUUUAAUCAUGCCGAACGAGCUAAACGUGAAGCAAAACUACAAGCUCAAUUCAAGGCUUUAAUCAAAAGAAAGUUAGAAGAUAAACAAUCAGCUCCACCCCCAAGUUAAAGAAAGCAAUGUAAAAAGUGUAAACUGACACUAAACCACCGCUGUUUAUUAAUUACUUGUAUAGAAGAAUUCAAUUCCACCCAAAACUUGGAUUUUACAAAAUAACUUCAUCUGGUUACUCUAAAAUAAUUGAUAACUGCCGUUGGCGUCAUUUUUUAUUUGUUCAAAAGUCAAUUCAAUCAAAUAACAUUGGGCAUAACUGGUAGUUCAGCUUGUGUAUAUAGCAAAAUCACUGUAAUAUACAUAUAUUUUAACCACCAAGAUAGUUUUGGCUUGUUGAUAUCGUUUUCAC